AUGGGAAGAUAUAAGCGUAUCAUGUGGAGACGAUUUGUUCCUUCUCACUAUCAUCGAGAUUUAUUUCAGAAAUUACAAACCUUGAAACAGGGCAACAGGAGCGUUGAGGACUAUUUCAAGGAGAUGGAGAUGUCCAUGAUGCGUGCAAACAUAGUUGAGGACCGUGAGGCGACUAUGGCUCGGUUUUUGGCAGGUUUAAAUUCUGAAAUAGAAAACAUUGUUGAAAUGCAACAUUAUGUUGAGUUGGAUGACAUGGUGCAUAUGGCGAUCAAAAUUGAGCGACAACAAUGUAGAAAAGCUUCUACUCGAGGUAAUACUCCAUUUAAAUCUUUUUCGAAUCCUUUAUACACCCCUAACAAUGUUAGGAAACAAGCACCACAACCGCCAUUACGGAUUCAAGAGCCAGGCGAACCCAGCAAACCAAAGCCUCCCAUUGCUGAUAAUGGACGUGGCAAACAACCAAUGGUGGCACCAGAACGAUCAAGAGAUAUUCAGUGCUUUAAGUGCCUUGGUAGAGGACAUGUUGCUAGCCAGUGUCCUAAUCGGAGGGUUAUGUUGAUGCGAGAAGAUGGAGAGAUCGAGUCAGAUUCUGAGGAAGAUGUACAUGAACUCCCGACUAAAGAAGAUGAAGAGAAUGACCUAGAAGUUGCUGAAUCUGGUCAAGUUAUGGAGAUCAUGGUUGUCAAACGUAGUUUGAAUGUGCAACAGGUGCAAGACGAGCAACAAUGUGAGACUAUCUUUCCCACACGAUGCAAGGUUCAAGAUAAGUGGUUGAAUGACGGUGGAGAACUUAAAGUGACGAAACAAGUGGUUGUACCGUUUUCAAUUGGAAACUACAAGGACGAGGUCCUUUGUGAUGUUGUGUCGAUGGAUGCUACUCACCUUCUUUUAAGGCGCCCUUGGCAGUAUGACAAGAGGGCAAUGCAUGAUGGUUUUACAAAUCGAUACUCUUUUAUGUAUGCAGGUAAGAAGAUUACUUUGGCUCCUUUGACACCGAGUCAAGUAAUUGAAGAUCAAACAAGCUUGAAAAAGAGUAAGGAAGUUGCAAAGGAGAAGAAAAAGAUGAGCGUAUAUGCAAGCAGUCGAGAAAUCAGGAAAUGUCUUUCCUCUCACCAAUCCUUGUUUAUUUUAAUAUUUAAAGAUCAUUGUUUAUUGGCUGAGUUCCCUGCUGAUUUGCCUGCAUCGAUUGUGUCCCUUUUGCAAGAGUUUGAGGAUGUGUUUCCGAAAGAAACACCGAAGGGAUUACCACCUCUUCGUGGCAUUGAGCACCAGAUUGAUUUCAUUCCAGGUGCUACCAUUCCAACUCGACCAGCUUAUCGUACCAAUCCUGAAGAGACGAAAGAGCUUCAAAGGCAAGUUGCAGAAUUGAUGGACAAGGGUUAUAUUCGAGAAAGUCUGAGUCCAUGUGUUGUUCCGGUGUUACUUGAUGACAUGUUGGACGAGCUUUGCGGAGCCGUCAUCUUCUCCAAAAUUGACUUGAAGAGUGGAUAUCAUCAGAUUCGCAUGCGAGAAGGUGACGAAUGGAAGACAACCUUCAAAACAAAGCUAGGAUCACGUAGAACAUCUGAGAGUCAGAUGCAGACUUUGAGAAAAGAAAGAUUGUAUGGUAACGUAGAGAAAUGUGUGUUUUAUCUUGAUGGACUUACAUUUCUUGGUUACAUUGUGAGUGCUGCAGGUGUUGAAGUUGAUCAUGAGAAAAUAAAGGCAAUUCAGGAAUGGCCACGACCGACAUCGAUUACUCAGAUGAUAGGAUCAGAAGAUCGUAGUCGUGGUGGAGAUCAACCACCAGAUUUGCAAAUGCAAGCUAUUACUCGCACCUUGCAACGUCUAUUAGAAAAUGCAUUAGAGCCUAUACACUCUCGUUUGGACAAGAUUGAAGGGGGUGGUUCACAAUCUAUCCAUAAUGAACAUAAUGAUGAAAAUGACAUUGAACAUUCACCAAGGGUGAAUCAACGACCAGACGCCUUACGAUUGACGAUAAUAUUUCUAACAUUAAAUUGCCAUACCUUCUUUUCGUGGACGUUCGAGAUCCGGAUGCUUAUCGACAUGGGAAAGCAAGGUUGA